CAGUUAAAAGCUGGUUUCUUUGGGCAACAGGUCACUCGCGGCUCUUGAUGUCUUCUCUCCAAACUCAGCGGGCAACAGUUGCUUUCUCGAGGGAAACCUUCAGGACGAAAGAGCCGAAGUCUAGAAGGCCCGAUAGCCUCCAGAGAUAGACGUCAUUUUGGGCCCUCAUCCUAGUUUUCCUGACAUCGAUACUUGUAUGCUGCUGAGAUUUCAAAAUCAGCCGAAGAGGGAGGAGAUUGAAGUUUCCGAGAGUGAGAGAUGGACACCAAUUCAAAAGGCAAGGAACCUGAAAUCAAGGAAUCUGCUGUUGAAAGUGCUGAAAAUACUUUGAUUUUUGGAAAUGGGAAGCUUGUAACUCCUCUGAAGCAUGAAGCAGAAGUGACUUCUAAUCUUUGCACACCAGAUACAUUUAAAUCACCUUUGAACUUUUCUACAGUAACUGUAGAGCAGUUGGGAAUUACACCUGAAAGUUUUGUGAAGAACUCUUCAAGAAAGGCAUCAUUUAAUCUAAAAAAAUCCCGACGACGUUCUGCAAUUGGUGCUCGGGGCUCUCCGGAAACAAACCAUCUGAUUUGUUUUAUUGCUCAGCAGCGGAAUUUAAAGAAGGCUGAAAAAUCUCCUUUGGCACAGAAUUCCCCUUUUCAGGGCAGCCCUGUACUUCACUGGAAUGUUAACUCAUUAAAAGAGCGAAUAUCUGCCUUCCAGUCAGCUUUUCAUUCCAUAAAGGAAAAUGAGAAAAUGGCUGAUAAUCCUGGAUUCUUAGAAGUGGAAAGAGAGGUGAAGUCAGACUUCACCAAAAAGGAAGAUCUUCAUGAGUCUCGACAGUCUGGGUUCCCUGUGAAGUUAUCAGCCAAACGGCGAAGAGUAUCCUGUCAGAGCAACUCUGAGGAAAAUCUAGCCGAUGAUCAAAGAAAAGUAACUGAUCUCCAUAUAUUGAAUAUUAAUACUUCUCCCAGUGUAGGCAGAACAUGUGCUGUCGAAACUUGUACAGAUCUUCCUGAGAAGUCUUUUGGACCUGAUUUAAUGGAGUCUGGAUGUUUAGUUGAACAGUCUAUUUCACUUUCAGAUGUCACAGAGGCUUCAAAUGGAAUCAUGCUUGCUGGCUCCGUAGAGGGAAAAGGAUCAAGUGAUGAUGUUUUGCAGAAAACUGAGUUGGUGCACAAAUUCACAGAUGUGAGAACAGACACAGUUCAUGAAGUCAAGUCACCAGUUGCUCCAGUGUGUAAGAGGGACACUCAGUCCUCUGAGAUCUUUGUUACUCGUUCUGUCCUGAAGAAACCCACGGUUAAGCUGUUUCUAGAAAGCUUACCAGAACACUGUGACAACCUCGGUGAAAAUGGGACUCACCCAAGCUUAAUCUCAAAUCCUGCAUACUGUUGCAAAGAACAAAAAGCAGAAGAUCAAGAAAAUAGUAAAGUACUGCCUUUUCAAAAUGUGAGGAAGAGGAAAAGAGUUACUUUUGGAGAGGACCUAAGUCCUGAAGUGUUUGAUGAAUCCUUACCAGCAAAUACUCCAUUGCGUAAAGGAGGAACACCUGUUCAUAAAAAGGAUUUAGAUAGUCUCAGUCCUGCACUGCUUGAGCUGUCACCAGUUCCUGAUCAGUUACUUCAACCAAAUUUUGAUGACAAAGAGGAGGAUCUUGAAAACAUGGAACCAAUUCAGGUGUCGUUUGCAGUUCUGAGUCCUCCUAGUAACCCUUCAAUCUCUGAGACUUUUUCAGGCACGGAUACCUUCACUUCUUCAAAUAACCAUGAGAAAAUAUCCUCUUGUAAAGCUGGUAGAGUAACACGUACCUCUAAAAGAAGAACCCAGUUGAUCGGUUUUGCAGAAGAAAGUGUUUGCAACUUACUUAAUACAGACACACAACAAUGUAAAGAAAAGAAAAUUAAUAGGAGGAAGUCUCAAACGAAACACACCGACAGAGCACUUCCUAAGAAGAAUCAAGCUUUAAAAAGUUCCAGAAAGAAAAAAGGAAAGGGAAAACAAAGUGUUCAGAAAUCGUUAUAUGGAUCAAGAGACAUUGCUUCCAAGAAACCUCUCCUAAGUCCUAUUCCUGAGAUCCCUGAGAUCUCUGAGAUGACACCUUCAGUUCUGCACAGCCGAAGGCUGUGUUCAGAUGAUUCAAACUCAAAGGGUAAACUUGAAGAAGUGGGGAUGCCUCCUACAAAACCAGUUAAAAAAAAGAAUCUUUUGCCUCAGAGCCCAGAAGAUGUACAUAUGAAUCAAAGUUUUGAUAUGUGUGAUGUGUCUGAAUUCUGCAGCACUUACGUAAAAAGUUUGUCAUCCCUUGGCAAUCCUACUUUUGAUCAAGAUUCAAAUAUAAAUGCUACAGAAGUUAAUGAAAAUGAAAAUAAUUCAAAAGUAGAAAAUAAGUUACAAAGUAAAAAUGAACUAAAAACCAGGACUGAGAAUGAAAACAAUCAUUUUUCUUAUGCUGCUGUGACUGUGGAACCUAUUUUAUUGGAUAAUCCAAAAUCUGAUUGUAUCCUGCAAUCCCAGGAAUUUUCUGCUACUGAUCAAAAUAUGGAAAACCUUUGUCAAAUCUUGAAAAUUUCAAAAGAUAUUUCAGAAGUUGAAAAAGAGAAAGACUACUUCGUAGCUAUAGAGGGAGAACUGAAGUCCAGUCAUUUAAUGUUUGACUCACGAAAAGAAUUUAGUUGUUUAGAAGGUGUCUUAAUUGAAGAUAUAAAAGAAACUAAAAGUCAAAGUAAGGGUUUGGAAAGAAAAUCUGCAGGAAAUAGUAGUAGUAUGAGUUAUAAAGAUAGGAAACAUAGAAGACGCUCUAUUUAUUAUCCUGAUGGUCAAAGCUUGCAUUUGGAUGAAAAUGAAAAUCACAAACCUGCCUACAGUGAGAGCAGCACUGUAGAAAUUAGUUUAGAAAAUUCUGAACUGUAUAAAGAUUUAUCUGACUCCCUAGAGCAAACCUUUAGGAGAAUAAAUAGUGAAACAAAAGUUAGACGUAGCACAAGGCUACAGAAAGAUUCAGAAAAUGAAGGGCUUGUGUGGAUUUCACUUCCACUUCCUUCUCAAAAAACCAAAAGGAGAACAACAUUUGAAAACAGAGGAUUUGAAAGUAUGUCUCCCAGAAAAGAAACUGUUUCCUCCAGACAAAAAAUGUGUUUGCUGCCCUCUGUAUCAGGUAAAGAAAACAGUGAGGGUUCUGCUGCUAAUUCUUCUCAUAAACCUGAGAAAAGGAGGAAGAGCUUUUGUAUAUCUACACUUGCAAAUACCAAAAAUAAUACUCAAUCAAAAUGCUACAAAAGAAGAAGCUCUCUCAAUAGGAAAGGAGAAAGCUUUCUAAAUGACUUUUAAAAGAAGUGGACGUAUUGGAGAUCUAAAGCAAUAACUGACAUUUCCUGCAGAACAUUUGGCAAGAGAGAAGGUAACCAUCUGUGUUUAAAAGAUUCUUUCAUUCUAGUUCCCAUCCUUUGUUCAACGUUAAUGUUUUAAAAUUUUCAAUUAAUAAAAUCAUUUAAA